AUGUCUCAACCAAAGUACCUCACCGGCGACCCCGCCGCGGUCCAAGAAUUCCUCGACAAGUUUGACGUGCGCCAUCUCCUUCCCCCCACCCGCGUUCUCUGGUCCGGAGACCAUCUGUUUGACGGCAUCCGCGAGACCCUCGCCUUCCUGCGCUCAAAAGGCAAGAGAACCGUUUUCGUGACAAACAACUCGACAAAGUCCCGGCCCGACUACCGCAAGAAGCUCACCGCCCUCGACAUCCCCUCCGACGUCGAGGAUAUCUUCGGCUCCGCCUACUCCUCCGCCGUCUACAUCUCCCGCAUCCUCGACCUGCCCGCCGACAAGCGCAAGGUCUUCGUCAUCGGCGAGGCGGGCAUCGAGGCGGAGCUGCGCGCCGAGGGCGUCGACUUCAUCGGCGGCACCGACCCCGCCCUCCGCCGCGACAUCUCCCCGGAGGACUUCGCCGGCAUCGCCGACGGCUCCCUCCUAGACCCCGAGGUCGGCGUCGUCCUGGCCGGCCUCGACUUCCACAUCAACUACCUGAAGCUCUCGCUCGGCUACCAGUACCUCCGCCGCGGCGCCGUCUUCCUGGCGACCAACACGGACAGCACGCUGCCCAUGUCCCACACCUUCUUCCCCGGCGCCGGCUCCAUCUCGAUCCCGCUGAUCAACAUGAGCCAGCAGCAGCCGAUCGCGCUCGGCAAGCCGUCGCAGGCCAUGAUGGACGCCGUCGAGGGCAAGUUCCAGCUCAACCGCGAGCGGACGUGCAUGAUCGGCGACCGCCUCGACACCGACAUCAAGUUCGGUAAGGAGGGCAAGCUGGGCGGCACGCUGGCCGUGUUGACCGGCGUGCACAACAAGGAAGACUGGGAGAAGGAGGGCGCGGCAGCUGUGCCGGCGUACUAUGUCGACAGCCUCGCCAGUUUGAACCUCGAAGCAUAA